AUGGCAGGCCCCAAAGACGGUGACACGGUUGAUGUCGCGUAUACAACAUGUCCUAUGACGGCAACAGAGAAGACUCAGAGCCCGGCUGCACAUGAUUCCGCCGUUGUCAAGAAGCCAGUCUCUCCGUGGACCCGGCUGGGGAUGGCCAGCAUGCUCCUGGACCUUGUCUCCCCGGCCGCCAUAUCCGUGGGUGAGGCGCAGCAUGUCCGCACAAUCGGAAGCAACGAUACCGCUGGUAGUCCGUGGACCAUGGUCGGUAACGGGACUGAUGCCCCCGUCCUACGGGUGACGGCCUGCAUGGCCAACCUCGGCGUGGACACCUUCAUCGCGGACCUGCACAGCAACUGGGACGGGCUGGAGCCCCCCGUGUCCUGGGACUUGUCCGCGGAGCGCUACAACCAGCACCACGGCCGCGCGCGCUCAGCUGGGCCUCGUUCGGACUGGCAAUCCUUCCUCCCUAAAUACGAGCUGCCGUCCAACAUCUCUUCCAUCGUCAACUUCACCGUGCUCCCCCCAGGCGGCGUCUGGACCUUCACGCGGGCUCUUGCCAGCAGCUUACAGAACCCGCAAAGCACCGACUUCACUUCGGUGCAUAGCAACCAGACCGCAGACCGGGGUGUUAUCCUUUACCGGUACGAAAACAACGCCCACGAGGCGCAUUCCAGUUUGUUUCAGGAUACUCUAAACCAGACGCAGAGCCCCGCCGUGGCCCUGCAGGCGCUUCUCACACGCAUCUGCCAGAUGGUCUAUUAUGAGAAGCUACCGCGACUCAACGAGAGCGGGCAUGCCGAAACUGCCUUUUCACACGUUACCGUGCUUCCCACUCGUUGGACCGGGUUUGGGGUCGGCAUGGGCUUGCACUAA